CAAUCGCUAUUAGCCGACCCACGCUGGAUGACGGCCGCCUAACUACUGACGCUUGAACCGCUACUGACAUGACGCCAACGACCUCCUCGCCAAAAUGUCGACCAUGACGGCACCCACGCUCUUCACUCUCCCCCCACAUCUACAGGAGAGCAUUGCCGCGCUCGUCGCUGCCGACGUUGCUCCGGCGCGCCUGCAAGACGACUUGCGCGCGGCUCUUGCCGCCGCCGGAAUCGAGGAGAUGGAGGAAAGCGAUGUGGACGCAGAGCCCACCGACGGGCCCAGCAAGCCGGACGAGCCUUCGCCCGCCACUGCCGCCUCCGCGGGCUCCGAUGCCGGGAGCGAGCCGGUCGAUGUGAAACCACCGCGGCGCAAGCCGCCGACGAUCGGCGGCGAGCUGCUGGACGCGCUCGCAGCAUGGGCGGGGUCGGCGCGCGACCGCCUCGUCUCCGCGGGACUUGACCCCGCAGACUACAGCUUCAUCGGCCUGCUGGCCGGCACGGAAGUGUACCUCCCGCCGCGACAGCGCGCGCUCGCCGCGGCGGCGGACAAGGCGCUGGCGGACCGCGAGAAGGCCAACCCCUUCCUUCCCACAUACAUGUCGCCGACCCCUCCUUCGCUCGGGUCAGAGUACCGCCAAAUGUCGCGGCAGGUCGCGACGGUCUUGAAUGUGCUGUUCUCGAUCUUCGGCGUCGGCGGCGGCGUGUACUAUGCCGCGCGGAGCGUGGGGUGGGCGCGCGAGCGCGCUAUCUUGCUCGGUAUCCUUGCUGGCGUGGUGGUUGGGAUCGCGGAUAGCGUGUUGCUCUGGAUCUUCAAGGUCCGCCUCAAGAAGGACCGGAGGGAUACUGCGCGACGCCGCGUGCGCUUGAACAAGGGCAGCGCGGGGAUUCCGGGGAGCGCCAAGGUGCUUAGUCUGGGCGGCGAGGGGGAGGGUGAAGGGGAGGGGGAGAGCGAGGUGAUUGCAGCGCUGGAAGAAGUCGAUGUCACGUCGGCGUCCGCGUCCGCUUCGACGCCGGCGAAACGCACCCUCCGCCUCCGCCGCAAACCGCUCUCAUAGUCGCAUGGGAUAUGGAAUAGUAUAUGCAGGGUAUAGGGCUACAGUGUGGUCUAGAACGGCGCGGUGGGAUACAUGUUGGGCCGCUCCCAGCCAUUCAGG